AUGACUGAAGACACUCUAAACAAGUUGGACUCAGGAAGCCAUCACUAUGAGCUCAAGGAAACCCAGGGCGACAGUGGCACAGAGACUCCACAGGAGCAAGCUCCCCUGACACGAGCUCGCACCAUCAUGGCUCUUAUUGCUCUCUCCAUCACCUACGAAGCUUGCCUUUUUGCUUUUAUUGUGCCGACAAGUGUCCUGCUGACAAUCAAUGCCGACAUUGGCCCAUCAAACAACAUCGGCUGGGUCGCCACUGCAUGGCAACUGGCAAAUGCCGUCCUGCAAGCGAUUGCUGGACGUUUGUCAGACAUCUUUGGCCGACGAAAAUUUCUCAUCUUUGGGAAUUUGGUCGCACUUGUUGGGACUAUUGUUGCUUCAAGGGCACAGUCGGUUGGCACCCUUAUCGCAGCAACGACUUUGAUGGGGGUCGGUGCCUCUCACCAGCAAAUCGCAUACGCAGCAGGCUUUGAUGUUGUACAAAGGAAACAUCGCGGUGCCGCGGUCGCCUUGAUGAACCUGGCGGCGUUGCCGGGCUCGGCCUUUGGCGCGGUUAUAGGUACACCCAAAUCUGCUACGGCUAAGAUCUCAGGGCUGAUCCAAGGUCUUUAUACAGCCUUCAAGAUCGUGGAGACUCUCAACUGGCGCUAUACCUUUUACUUCGGUAUCAUGGUCAAUGGCCUCGCUCUUUGCCUCAUCUUGGUGUUUUACUGGCCUCCCGGCUGGCAUGGCCUCCAUCUUGAUGGCAAAACUCGCAAACAACAACUCAAAGAGCUCGACUAUGUUGGUCUGCUGCUCUUUGGAGGGGGACUGACCAUCAUGCUGAUCGGUCUGUCCUUCGGCGGCAACCCUCAUCCCUGGACAAGCGCGACAGUGCUAGCCCCUUUGAUCAUAGGAACCAGACCCGACUUCGUCGCAGCCGUUCAUUGCCACUCGGUUGCGAGCAAAGCCUUCGCUGCUCUAGGAUGCGAACUCGAGCCUCUAAAUCAGGACGCCUGCCGAUUCUACAACGACCACGGCAUCUACUCUGGGUUCGGAGGCAUCGCAUUCAACCCUGAUGAGGGUGAACAUAUCGCUGCGGCACUCGACGACAAGAAGGUAUUUAUUCUACAGAACCGUGGUCAUCUAGCGGUUGCUAAGACCGUCGAUGGAGCUGCGUUUUUGUUUGGAGCCAUGGACCGCUGUAUCCAGACACGGCUCCUGGCCGACGCCGCGGCAACAGGGCGAGGGACCAAAACCAUCAAGGUUGGCCACGAAGAGGCCGAGUUCACUCGGAAGACAUAUAAUGACGAAAUGGUGUACAUUAUGUUUCAAUCGGCCUUCGAGGAUGUUAUCCGCGCCUCAAAUGGUGAGCUUCCAUCGCAUGUCCUGGUCGAAAUCCGUCGCAAGUAG